AUGGACAGAGGCGAAAACCACAGCGCUGCAAUUUGCAAGUUAUGUGGUGAGGUCUUCACGCUUCCUGAGGAUGAUAUCCCUGGCAAUCUCCCUCGUGUGCUUUUAUGUGGCCACAUCUAUUGCACAUUUUGCCUGCAGUCUCUUGAAUGUGACAGUGUCAUCAGAUGUCCGGAUUGUGAGGUUGAGUCCACUCUUCCCGAAGGGCGAGUGUAUGGUCUGCAGGAAGAGAGCAGAAUCAUAGGCCUUAUCUACACUACUAAAAUGAAUAAGAUGAAAAGAUGUGACAAAUCAAAGAACCGCAAAAAGAACAAGGGAUCACCAUCCACAGACACUCAUGUCAGCUCUGAUAUGGAGCAGCAAGCUGAUAUUGAGAGGAUUCAGAAGACUGUAGAUGAGGCAUUGGCUCAGGCUGCAGAAACUCUUGCCCAGCUUGUGCACAUCCAUGAGACACUGACGACUGGUCUGGAAGAACAAGUGAAGAGAGAGGUAGCUCGGCUGGAGAUGGAGAUCAAGCAAGCUGCAGACAAGGCUUUACAUGCUGUUCAAAACUGGAAAGACGCACAGAUGAGCCAGCUGACAAAACUGGAGACAAAAUUCUCAUCCAGCCAAGCAGCAGUGCGCCACAUCCAGGAGCGAAUAAAGGCAUUGGAGAUUGCCAUGCAGAUGGCCAGAAAAGUGCGCCGUGUCCCCUUUUUGGAGCAGUACUGCAUACUAGAUAAGGUAUUAGAGACACUGCAGGCUCCAGUGGAUGACCAGUUGAUUGAUAUGAAAUGCAUUACCAUGGGGACUGGAAUGAGCCUGGCUCAGUCCCCACCCAAAAACUACCAGCCAGGCAGGUUUGGUAGAAAGUCUCACUUGAAACGUCCAGAUGGCAGAAACAGCAGCUGUAUUCCACGCAGUGACAAAAUCCACGCCCCACCAAAGCAGCGCCAGCAGAGUCCAAGAGCUAACAGUCCAUCAUCACGAGGCUCCUCUCCAAGCCCAAGAUCUCGUUGCAGGUUCAACUUUUCUUGCCAUAGCUCAACUUCAGACCUUGGAAGCCCAGAUGUGAUUAUUGAGGACUUUUUAGAUGAGGGACAAGCCCUCCCUCCAACUGGGCCUGAACUGGCCAGUGACAAACUAAGAAUUAACAGGAGAAGAAAACAUCAGUUCUCUGCUACUAAGAGAAGUGUCACACAGUGGGUGGUGGUAACCCACAUUGUGAAUCCAAGUCAGUUCUAUGUCCAGUCUGUGGCUGAGAGGAGAGAAAGUGAGAUCCUUUCAGACAAAAUCAACCAACUCUGCAGUGGAGAUGGUUGCAGCUUCACUGUAAAGGACACAGUGGAAACAGAAUCCUUGAUCUUUGUAAAGUGGAACGAGGGCGACUGGUGUCGGGCUAGAGUGGUCGAAGUCUUGCAGAAAGGCUCUUUAGAGCCUGUGAAAACCUGUGCAGUCACCCAGCUGGCUAGUAUACGAGUUUUCUUCCUUGAUCAUGGACUCACAAAAAGCAUCACCAUAAAUAGUGAAGACGGGGCUACUGAGGCUUCACUGAGUGCUGUGAACAACCAGCUGAGAAAAGUGGGUAGAGCCGUAAAAAUUGACUUGGCUCACUUUGCCCCAAUGGUCAUCAGAUGUUCACUCAAGGACCUGGUGCCUUAUGAUGUGACAAAGGGCUGGAGUAAAGAGGCACAGGUUGAAUUCCGCAGUGUGGUUGGCUCUGCAGCAGUGGAGAUGCGGCCUUUGGGUCAGGACCGAGAGUCUUUGUUGGUAGACCUGCGGAAAGCUCCCAUGGAACAGUUCAGCUCCAGUGUAUUCAUCUCUAUCAGAGAGUAUCUUGUUUUCAUUGAAGUAGCCAGGUUUUAUUCUCCAGUGACACUGAGCAGGAAGCCUCUGCUGUACUACCCUCCUGUAUAUCCCAAGAUUAACAGCGAGAUCAGUGCUAUGGUGUCCCAUAUCAACAACCCUGCUAACUUCUACAUCAACCUGGUUGACAACAUGGAGUUCAUGUUGCUCUCAGCCAAGCUUCAAGAGUUCUACAAUGAUCUUGCAUUGCUUGAAGAAGACAAGCUCAGCAUCUACUGCCCUGUGAUUGGACAAUCCUGUGUUGCCCGUUUAGAUGAUAAGCUGUGGUACAGAGCUCAGGUGAUAGGGCAUCCAGGGGGAAGAAAAGUGGAGGUACAGUUUGUUGACUUUGGCAAUAGGAAAAUCCUGUCAGUCAGCGACUUGAGGAAGAUCAAAGAUGAGUUCUUUGCCCUUCCUGCAAGGGCAAUCAACUGCUGUUUGUCUGAUGUGAUUCCUGUGGAUGGAGAGUCUUGGACCGAUGCGUGUACUAACAGAUUCAUCAGCCUAGCCAACCAAAAACUGGUUACUAUUAUAGCUACAGGACAAGGCCCUAAGUCUGAGCCUCUCCCAGUCAAACUGUUUCAAGGUGAAGUGAAUGAGCCACUAACCAACAUUGCUGAACUGCUGGUCAAAGAGGAGCUGGCCUGCUUCAAAGAGAGCCUGAACCCUAACAAUGCCAGGCCCUCUGGUGAUGAUUCAGCCAUAUGGGACCCUCCACUUGAGGUUGGAUUAGCAACAGGGCUAGUUGAUGUCCCAGACCAAAUAAUCACUGGAAACCAAAAAGAGGACCCAAUUGAGCCUCAGCUGAAGCUCCCUGCCCAACUCAAAGACCUGAAAGUGAGAGUCUGCCAUGUCAACUCUCCAAGCAGCUUCUAUGUCCGCUUCGCCCAGUAUGACUCUCAGCUCAAAAGGAUAUGCGAACUGGUAAAGCAGGAGUAUACACGAAUAGAGCCCCAGGAUGUGGAAUGGAAGGCAGACAUGUACUGUGCUGCACUCUUUAAUGGAGUUUGGGAGAGAGCACAGAUAUGCUCUGACGUCACAUCUAGCGACAGUGCAGAGGUGAGACUGUGCGAUCACGGAAAGAUGAUAAAGAUCGAUGUCAGUAACCUGCGACCGUUGCCAUCUUCCUUGAUUGGCUCCCUAGCACUUGAGUGCACUCUUAACGACAUCAGGCCCGCGGGAGGCCGAUCUACCUGGACAAAUACAGCCUGUGACUCAUUCUCCUACUACUUGACAGGAGCCUCGGCUGUUAUGACGAUCAAGGAGUUAACAGAUGAGCGUCCAGUACCUGUCACUUUGUUCUGCUCCAAUAGAAUGGGAGAGUUUAUCAGCAUUGCAGACUUUCUGGUUAGUGAAGGCCUCGCGCUCAGGCAAAGAAAACCAAGUGGUCACAUGCCUCCAAAACCAGCCCCUCGCUCCAUUAUGACAGCUGAGAAGGUAAAGACUUCAUUGUACCAACCCCCAGAGCUGCCAUGUCUUGGUCACAUUCAGAUAAGCAUUUCUGCUGUUGGAGAGGACGGUCUCAUUUAUGUGAGAACACAAAAUGCAGGUUAUCAGCUGGAGCAGCUUAAGGAGAGGAUUCAGCAGAGCAUGAAGGCAUUGCCCAGACAGAAGCCCUACACCUGGAAGUCAGUCUUGGGCUGUGCUGUCAUUGGACCUGACAUGUUGUGGUACCGAGGACAGCUGCUGGAAGUGCUGGGAGGGCAUGUUAAGGUGCAGUAUGUCGAUUAUGGUCUGGUGGAGAACAUCCCGGUGGUUCAUGUGUACCCCAUCCUCCUGUGUGACGAUGUACCUCAGCUCUCCAUGACCUGCCAGCUGCUUGGCAUCAACCCUGUUGGUGGUAAAUGGCAGCAGGAUGCAGUGGCCUUGAUGAGAGAGGUGUUACUAAACCGCAGUGUGGAUAUGAACGUUGUGGAGCUGCCAGCUGAUCCAAGAGGACCUGUCACUGUUGAGCUCUUCAUAGAUGGUUUGAGCCUCAGCAGGAUCCUCUGCCAACAUGAACAUGCCUCCAUGGAUCGGACUGUGUCGCCAGAUAAGCGCCUCACAGUGAUGCCUACUGCCCCCGUCUUUGACGACUGGGAUAUUAACACUGAGGGUUUGAGAGACCCAGAGGAGCUAAUGCUGGGGUCCUUUACCUAUCCGAACUUGCCACAGGAGGGAGAGCACUUUAAAGUUGUGGUCAAGCAUAUGUGUACCCCCAAUGAGCUCUUCCUGUGGCCUUUGGAAGGAACGGCUGAUGUAAAGGUUAACGGAGAGUCUCUAGAUGAAGCUUUGACCAGAAUCAAUAGAAACAUUGACACGCUGCCACGACUUAGCAACUUCCCCGAGGGUGGUCCAUGUCUCGCUGAGUACAGUGAUGGAAAGUACUAUCGAGCCAGGUUGAUGAAGUUCAUCAGUGCAGAACCUGUCACGCUCCUGGUACAACACGUCGAUUUUGGCUCUGAUGACACUCUACCUACCAGCAAGCUGCGCCAAAUGCCAGCUGAGCUGCUGGAGUUUCCAUGUAGGGCACUAAAAGUCAAAGUUGCUGGCUUCAAAGCUCCGAGUGUCACAAGGGAGGAAAAUGUGCUGCCCUACAGCCCCAAAUGGAGCAUGAAGGCUGCAAUGGAAAUGAUCGACCUGUUACACAAAAACAUCACAGCUUCUGUUGUGGUUCAAGAACCAGAGCUCACAGUGCUGCUGUUCAGCGAAGAUGGAGAGUUGGUCCAUCUGCCUCUGGUGAACAAAGGACUGGCGGAACUUGAGUAAAGUGGAAAGACACCCUCCAAACACUGUUCAGGCUUCCUGGCUCAGUUUGUUUUCAGUUCAGGUUUUGUGAUCUUCUGGU